GCUCUACGUCUCCACAUCACCACCUUGUGGAAAGUCCCUGACAGUCUACGAGGCUUCAGUCAGACAAACAGCGGACAGAUUCUCCCUGAUGAAUGGGGCUGUUUAAAAUCUCUUUCGCUGAUAUGCCUCAAUGGAUAUAAAAUCCAGUGAGUUUUCCUCGUUUGUAGUUUUUUGUGCCAAUCGAUGGUUCCCUGUGAGUGCUAGCUAGUGUUAGCAGACUAGCUCUUUGUGUGGCUAGCUGCUAGCUGAGGGAUGUUUUGUUGUUGUUGAGCUGGGCAGCCCUUCCGUCGUCUGGGAGAGGAGAUCUAUCAGCUGUGUAUGGAAAAAAACGCCUUCUCGACACUUUCUCAUUCUGUCAUAAUUUAUGUGAAGGUGGUGCGUGAAACACUGCUGUGAAACCUUUAGGUUAGAAGAGAUACUCAAAGAGAGAGAGGGGACAGGUUGACGGAAAAGGAAGGAGAUGGGAAACUGUCUGAAAUCUCCCACCUCGGAUGAUAUUUCUUUGCUGCAUGAAUCCCAGUCGGACCGGGCCAGCUACGGAGACGGUACGGAUCCCGAUCUGGAACCACCUCCUCCCUAUCAGGAGCAGAUUCAUGUACCUGUCUACCACCCUACACCCAGCCAAGCCCGGUUGGCAACCCAGCUGACAGAGGAGGAACAGGUCCGCAUCGCCCAGCGGAUCGGACUCAUCCAGCACCUCCCCAAAGGCGUAUACGAUGCUGGGCGGGACGGCUCAGAGAAAAAGAUCAGAGAGUGUGUCAUUUGCAUGAUGGACUUUGUAUAUGGAGACCCCAUCCGGUUCCUGCCUUGCAUGCACAUCUACCACAUGGACUGUAUAGAUGACUGGCUGAUGAGAUCCUUCACCUGCCCCUCCUGCAUGGAGCCUGUGGACGCCGCGUUGCUCUCUUCCUAUGAGACCAACUGACAAAUACACACACACACACACACACACACACACACACACACACACACACACACACACACACACACACACACACACACACACACACACACACACACACACACACACACACACUUAAAUUAGACUGAAUACACACAUAUACAACAUGCACACAAACAGACAUACACACAACUUCCUUCUUGCUAACCUGUAUGCUGGAUUAGUAAGGUGUUGACAUAAAGCAGUGACAAUGGACAGGAUUGAAGAAGAUUUAGAACGCUCUGUGUGUGUGUGUGAUUGUGUCUGUGUGCCUCACAAAUUCCUCAGUUUGCCUGCUGGACAGGAUUGGAGGGAUGAGCAGAGCUAGUGGUAAGGAUGAGAAGGAAGGAGCUGAAUCACAAGAUGAGGAUGGGAGUUGUAAAGUUCAGGAAGUUUAGGGGGAUGGAUGAUGGUUCACUUAUAUCAUUAAGAAGAAAGAAUGCUUUCUAAAAUCUGAUUUUAUAAACAUAUGCACACACGCAAGGGGGCCCAGCUGCACUUUUUUAUUCCCUCUCUAUCAUUAAAGUGAAUGACAGAAUACAGGCACAAGGACCUCUGACCACCACAAGGGUCAGUCAGCAUACUGUCUGUCGGACUGCUGAAGAUUACUGUAACGUCAAUCUACAAGACAGAGGGAAUGGAAGCCCCUCCAGUUUCCAGAUGCUUUGUUGUGGCUCCACACAGACGCCUGCUGCAGAGUCAUAUCUGCUGCAAAACUGCUACACAUGCAGAUAUGCAAUUUAAAGACUGCCCGAGAUGGACAACAGACUACCGAUAUUGCUUGUUCUCGGCACCCAGGCCUUGAGUUGUACAGAUCUUUCCUGAGAUAUAUAAGAUUGAUAGGUGGAUUAAUUGAUAGUCCUGUGGCUUCGUAAAAAUCUGUUCAGUGUUUGUUUUGUCAGUCUGCAUAAGGGCUCUGCAGGACCAGUGUUUACUGAGCACAGACAUGGCAAAAGGUAACAGUAUAUCAUCCACUGAUGUGAUGGAUAACUGAUACACUGUUGUUGUCAGGCUGUUGACUCGGUCACAGUGAGAUCUCGAACUUUCAUAAUCGAUUGAAAAGUACAAUAAGACCAGCUGUAAAAACAGUGGUACAAAUCAGAGAUAUUUGCACUUCUUAAUCAGACUUGUGACAAGAGUUGACCAUUUGCAUUCAGUAGUUAUGUUAAAAUGAUGUAUGUUAUUUGCUUUACCUACUCUCAUGUUACCAUGCCACUGAUUUGUUUAUUACAGGUUUAUUACAUUAAUCAAAGAAAUGAACCACUCUGAAAUUUGAAAGCCCUGUUUUCUUCCAAAGAAUUAUAUUGUAAUAACAAAAUGAGGACUUAAAUGCAACCACACACAAACUGGCAGAUGCCAUAACAAGGAUAGAAGUUGAUACAGAUUAAGAGAUGGGCAUUGUGUCAGUUCAUGUUGGACGCUGGUAAAUGGGUAUUUAUGAAAUGCUUACAUAGUUCUUUGUGAAGAUAAACCGUAAAGUUAUUAUUUUUUUCCCCUGACAUCAAUUUUAGGCCUCAAUCUGAAUGAACUCAACAUUGUGAAAUGUCUAUUAUCCAAGUCACCCAGUUUACUACUAAAGCACAAAAAAGUACAAUUAUUCUGAUCUAUUUCUCCUCUCCCCCCGUAACUUUGGCUCCUCAGUGAGUCAGCAAGGUUUUGAAUUAUGCAGAGAAAUGAUAACCACAUGAUCUCCACCUGUGAGAAGGCAUGAUGCAGAUCCAAUGCAGUUUGCAAACAUGCCUUUUGUUAUCUGUUUGUGUGUGUUUUUACCUGGGUGUGUGUUUGUACCCGGCUGUAUAGCCUUUGUGUGUAUGUUCCCGAAAGGUCAGGUGGUGGAGAUGGCAGUCAGCACCUUAGUCUUUGCACAGUACUUUAAUCUACGUAACUCUUACUGUUGUACAUUGUCCUCCAUCAGUUAGGUGGAGCCUCAUGGCCUUAGGUUACACAUGAUGAGGGUUUGAAUCAGCUGCUAAAAUUAGAGAAAUCGGUUACCUGCAAGAAACAACGAAGGGAUUGUACACAAACUGUUUUGACUGCCAAUGCUGCUGCUGAGCUGUCAUUGUACAUGUCACGUCAAGUAUAAUACAUAAGGUGUGUAUAGAAACAAGUUCUGCAACAAUGUCACUGAACUAAUAAAUAAAAUUGUAAGUGUUU